AUGCUGCUGUCCUCGAUCGUUACCAGUUUGGCCUUGGCGGCUCAGGCAAGCGCAUACCGCGAAAGUCUCCAUCCCGAGUUCCAGUCUGGCCUGUCGAUCAACUCGGUUCCUGCGACGGAUCGCGAUCGCUGGAUGCGGCUUGCCAAUUCGGCCAUCUAUUACCCUCCCGUCUCUCAUCCGUGCCCACAAGCGCCGUUUGGCACGGCGAUCGUCAAUACGACAUCGAACGAGCUGGUCUGCGCGAUUGCCAACCGCGUCGGAUCGACAGGCGAUCCCACGCAGCAUGGCGAAAUCACCGCCAUUCAACAUUGUACAAACGUGAUGCGCAAGAAGGGACUCAGUCCGCAGGAGAUCAUCGCCGCAUGGAAGCAGUUGAGCCUCUACACCAACGCGGAGCCAUGCACCAUGUGUUUGAGCGCCAUCAGAUGGGCGGGCUUCAAGGAGGUCAUCUACGGCACCAGCGUCCGGACUAUCUCUGAAAACGGCAGGAACCAGAUCUACAUUCCUUCCAACUUGGUCUUGGAGAAGAGCUACUCCUUCGGUCACGCCACAUUGAUGCUUGGAAACAUCCUCACACACGAGACGGAUUCAUUCUUCCAGCACCAGUUCAACGAAUCUGCUCCUUGCCCGGUUGGAUGCGAGAGGACGCAAGUGGGCGAAGCGCGGGUCAAGACGUGCGAGCCAGUUUCCAACUGGCAGAAGCUUGUACGUUUCGAGUACUCGGAAGAUGACCGCGUAGGUUCUGAGCCUGUCGCCCACACGCCGCUUCACCUCGAGCUCUAA